GUCGAUUGGAUCGGAUCGGUGGCGACACCGAGGACGAGGAGCUAGCUCAUCCCGAGGCUGCCGUCCGUCACGUUCGCCGACCUGUAGGCGGAGAUCAACGGGUUCAAGUGGCGAGCUGUUCCUCUCGCCGGAGAGGAAGGAGACGAUGGAGACGUCAUGGUCUCGUGUCAAUGGUUUGAUUUCCGGGAGAGGGAAACGCAGUUUCUGGCGGGCAAUGCACGGCAUCUGGCGCCAAAACGCUUCUCUCGUUCCCACCACAACUUUUGGAGGCAAAUUUUAUCUGUCUAUAUAUAUACACGAUGAUCGAUCCAACACCUUCAGCUCCACAACACAACCACCCACCUGUGUCACAUGGCGCCUAUUCACGUCUCCUCCUCGGAGGUCAUCCUCCUGGACGACAGCGACGACGAGGAGCUGCUUGGUAUGAACAUCGCUGACGUGACCUCGCUUGACGACCUUGACUUCUCCGACGACGGCCCCGGCAACAAGAAGACAUGUGCUGUGGACAAUACCUCCUUUCAAGAUGCUGCUGUCGACGUCGACAAUUACUCCACCAAAUCCAACGGCCUUGCCUUCUUAGACCACGACGGGCACAGAUGCGAAAAGGCCGACGACGUUGUUGUUAUCUCCUCCUCCGGCGAUGAGGAGUCAGCUGCUGACAACGGCGCCACGGACUCCAAUAGUGGCAAAUUGUUUGUCUCCGUCGACUCAAAUUCAAUAAGCAAGAAGAAGCGGGGGCCAAGGCCCCAGUACAACUACUGGCCCUUCAACGACGAGUGCCAAAUAAUUGAUGUCGAUGGGAUGCUCCGAAGGAAGAAGAAAUACAAAGGCGGGGACGUACCGGUGCCGGCGCUCAUACAGAAGUUAAAAAAGGGCCCGUCACCCAUCAUCUACCGUGGUGAACUUAGUGUGUCCCGUGUUCGCGGGAAACGGAGACAUUUGACGAAUAAGUUUCGUGAGGCGGUAAAGAUGGGCGACAACUACAAACCACUCAACAUGCGUGAUCAAGACCUCUACGACCGUUCCAUUGCGGCGUGGCCACAUAUCAUUGAAGAAGAAGCUAGUACCAUGCACGAUCACGAAUAAUAUAGAUAUAGUUUAUACUAGGAAAAAGGCCCCUGAGUUGCAACAGGAUUUUUUUUCCCUACAUCAUCCUAUUAAAAGAGAUAGAGGCUCAUUCAUGGUCAAUGUAAUGUGUGUUUCGACACGGAUGCCUGAUAUUAAGGUCAUAACAUGUUUAAUAACGUAAAAGAGAGGUCAUUGCUAAUAAUUUUAAAUAUGGAACUUAACCUUUUUUGAA